GACGUCGCAUGAUCUCCGACCCUGACCUAAACCCCAACAUGAUCACGCUGCAUUCUCUGGAGUCUGGAGUGUCAUGACACAGCUGCGUGCUUAAAGCCCGUUGCUUACGCCUCUCGCCAUUUCCUACUUCGUAUUUAAAGGAGGCUUUAACAUUACCAUUCUGACUUCAAUCGACAAAAUCCAAUCUGGGUAGUCAAUUUGAUUGAAUCCCAAUACUACACGCUAGUUGAGAUAGGGAGAGAAAUCAUGGAGGAGUGCGGCAUGCGAUUCAGUGAACCGAAUUAUCAUGAUGGGGCUGUAGAUGAGGAUGAUUUGUCAAACGAGUAUGAAGAGGUGUGUUUGGAUGAGGAAGCUUCACAGACUGCAAAUAUGGUUGAGAGUCUGGAUUGUCUACACUUCAACGGCAAGAAGUAUGAAGACCUUAAAUCCUCUGAUAUGAUAGGUGUGGAGUUUAAGGAUUACGAGUCAGUCGACAAGUUCUAUGCUUACUAUUCACUUGCAAUGGGGUUCAGUUUCAGAAGAGAAAAGUUGGAUCGGAAUUCGGUAGGAUUGGUUGCCAGGAGACAGUUGGUGUGUUCAAAGGAGGGUUUGAGAAAGAAAAAGAAUUCCAAUCCUGCUCCUAGUUUUGUGUCAGAGGUCAUUUCAAGCGCCCAAAAUUAUAGCUCACCACAUGGGAGUAAAUUGGUCUGCAUGAAGAAAAAAGUUAGCCAGAGACCAGUCGUUGAAGAUGCUGAUAAAAGAAGUAUGAAACGUCCUCAGACACAGUUUGGUGAUGGUGGACAUGAAAAGAGAAGGCAGCAGUAUCCAGAGAGAGUUCAUACCAGAGGCAAUUGUCGAGCUCGUAUCACAGCAAAGAGAUGCAGGGAAACUGGUGUCUUCCAUGUGGUCGAAUUUAUUACCGAACAUAAUCACGACCUUGCUAAAGCAGACUUUGUUCCCUUCCUUCAAUCUCACCGCAAGGUUCGGGACCAUGAUGUUGCUCCUCGGGUUGCAUUUAGGAAAGUCUCUGUUGGUACGCGCGGGGGUUAUGAAUGUUUGGUCCACCAAGCAGGGGGGCAUGAAUUUUUUGGUUUUACUAUGAAAGAUUUGUACGACAAGAUGGACUCUGAAAAGAGAGAGCUCAAGAUUGAUGGUGAGGCCCAUUCUGCAAUUAGUUUCAUGAAUUUAAAGGCAUGUAAAGAGGCCGAAUUUUAUUGUUUGUUGAGUGUUGAUGUAGAAAGCCGGCUGGGUAAUAUGUUCUGGAGAGAUACCAAGUCUCUGGCAGAUUACAAUAAUUUUGGGGAGGUUUUGAUUGUUGAUAGUACUUACAAGACAAAUAUCAAUGGCAAGCCAUUAGCCGUCUUUGUUGGUGUAAAUAAUCACAGGGCAACCGUACUCUUUGGGUGUGCAUUGUUGGUUGAUGAGAGUGAAGAUACCUACAAAUGGGUGCUUACGGCCUUUUUAACUUCCAUGAGGGGGAAAAAACCUAUAUCAGUCAUCACUGAUGGGGAUGAGGCAUUGAGAAAUGCAGCUGUGAACAUCAUUCCAGAGGCUCGACACCGAUUGUGUGCUUGGCACAUUGCAGAGGAUGUUGUCAAAAAUGUUAGGGAUGUGGAUGUCCAAAGAGAUUUUUGCCACCUAAUUUUUGCCGGACUCGGUGUGGAAGAGUGGGAAUCUGCCUGGCAUAAAAUGGUGGCAAUGCAUGGGCUUCAAAACAACAAAUGGGUUGCUGCAAUGUACAACAAGAGGGAGAGGUGGGCAGAAGCUUUUUUCAGGAACCAUUUCUUUGGGGGUAUGUGCACAACUCAAAGAUGCAAGGGAAUGCACAGAAAUUUGAAAGGUGGUGUUGGCCGUUACAUGGAGUUGUGUGAAGUGUUGCCACGCAUGGACAAGACAAUUGAACGCAUUAGGUUCAAUGGUCUGAAUGAUGACUUCAAAUCCAUGAACUCGCACCCAAUUAUUGGUAGCCACAUGCGGUGUAUCCAAGUGCAGGUUGGUGCAAAGUUUACCCAUGACAUAUUUCUCCUCAUAAAAGAUCAAAUACUUUUUGAGUCAAAGUUUAUUGUUGCUGACCGCCUUUGUGAUGAGAAUCGAGGAUCAACACUUUUUAUUGUAACACAAUAUGGUAAAGCUGAAAGGACAUGGCAAGUAACACAUUACCAAGCCCACCCCGACAUUUCUUUCGUAUGCUCAUGUCACCUAUUUGAGUCGGAUGGUAUUCCUUGCUGUCACAUCUUCACAGCCAUGAAGACAAUGAAUAUGACUAGCCUUCCAGAAUCUUUGGUCAAGCAGAGGUGGACAAAACAGGCAUGUACUAUAAACACCAGCGGUCUCAUGAGUGGAAUGAUGCCUGCCAGGGAUUUGCAGCUUGCUCGUUUUGGGCAAAUGAUGGGUGACUGUGCACAGAUUUGUCAUUCAGCUUCACUCUCAGAUGAGGCAUAUGAAGAAAUCAAUAACAGUCUUAGUCGACUAAUGGUUAGGUCUAACGCAUUCAAGAGGUGCAAAAAUAGUAACCCACCAGAAACUGUUGAUGGUCUACACCCUAAUGUGAUUGGGGAUCUGAAUGUCUGCAAAACCAAGGGCACGCGUUCCAAGCAUUCGACCAGUACUGAGGUCGAGGGAGAGCAGCCAGUAGGGAAGGGUUGUGGAUUUUGCAGCCGGCCAGGUCACAAUACACGCACUUGUCCACUUGCUGCUCAAAACAGGGAGAAUACGGAAAAUCCUCCUCUCGAAAGAGCACAUAAUAGCUUAAUUGAUGCUAUUGCAACCUCAGGCAGACCACGUAGCUUGCAAUCGACUCCGGGUUUUAACAUACACAAGGGUCAAGGUGGUUUCGCCUCCAGUAGGCAGACUGAUGAAGAUGAUGUUUUCCUCGGUCAAACUAGCAGCCAGCAUAUGUUUCAUCACAUUGAAGAAUCCAGGACGUUGGAGUUUUUUACUGGUCAUCACACCUUUUUGGGUUCCCUGAAUGCUGCUCCAUCUGUAAAUCAAAAUGUCAUUAUGUCUUCUAGUAAUACGCAUCAUGGAGGGGACACAGUUCGGCUGUCUUUCUGA